UUUCUAUUUUUCUAUACUUGUCAUAAUUGUAUGCAACUGUCUAAACCUCAAGUGUUUUUUCAAUAAAAAAAACCCACUAAGGAAGAGCACACCCAAAUGUGGUAUAGGUUCUUCUUUAGUGUGCAUGUUUCAAAAUGAAAUUCUCAGUUUGGCUUAAAUAAAAAAAUAAAAAACUAGUUGUUGACUGAGGUGACGCACUUUUAAUUACAAAAACUGGAGCCGGUAAAAUCGAAAAGAAAUGUCGGUCAUCAACGAAGGCAGCCCGGAACCAUUCUAGAGUAACAGAGUAGGACUUGUUCCCUAACGGAUUAUUUUUCCUGUUGCACGCAGAGUUUGGAGCUCGCGGCUCUGCUAGUGUUUUUCAGGACCCACCAAAUUUCUUCUCGGCUUCAUGGCGGAGUGGUGUCCGAUAGCGAAGGAGUAUGACCCGCUAAAGGCCGGUAGUAUUGAUGGGACGGAUGUGGAGCCCCAUGACCGCGCCGUGUGGAGGGCUAUGUCCGCCCGCUAUAAGCCCAACAAGGGGGUCGUGGGAGAUCCGCUGCUCACCGUCUUUGUGGCCCGCCUGAACCCGCAGACCUCCGAGGAGAAGCUUCAACAGAUCUUCUCCAAGUACGGAGACAUCAAGCGACUCCGACUGGUCCGAGACAUCGUGACCGGUUUCUCCAAAGGUUACGGCUUUAUUGAAUAUAAAGAGGAGCGGUCCCUGACCCGGGCCCGCAGGGACGCCAACAAACUGGUGGUGGAUCAGCACGAACUGUUCGUGGACUUUGAGCAGGAGAGGACUCUGAAAGGGUGGAUUCCGCGGCGUCUGGGUGGAGGUCUGGGAGGCAAGAAGGAGUCUGGACAGCUGCGUUUCGGAGGAAGGGACCGACCGUUCAGGAAGCCCAUCAACCUCGGGGCCGGGCCGGUGCAGGAUUGGGGCAGAGCCGGAUCCAGCGCAUGGCAGGACCGGAACCGACAUACUAGAGAUGUGGAUCGGGGGCGGGGCAGCAGGGAAAACAGAGGAUAUCGGGACAGGGACCGGGAGGAUCGCCGGUACAGAGACAGGAGGUGAUGCAGCAGGGAUAAUGAAAGGUCUGGUUCGGGACACCAGCGCGGAUGGCGACUCGUCACUUUUCGGGUGUUAUCGGAACACAGUGGCUCCACAUCCGAGGGAAGAGUUUCAGCAUUUUUAGUCCUUUGAUUGGACUAAACCUGAAUUGACCCUGCGUUAGUCUCAAAAGGGUUUAAAAGAAGAGAGAGAUUCGUGCAAAACUUGUUGUUGUUUUUUAACUUUAUUUCUGAUUCACAUUCAGAUACACAGUAAGUUUAAACGAUUACAUACAUCCAGAUUCAAUGAUGAAAUAAUGCACAUACACAUAUACAACUAAAAAAAUAACAAUAAACCAGGUUGGGGUUUCUGACAGAAUAUUGAACCUUUCGAUUGAUUUCGUUUCACGAUCAAAUGAGCUGAACUGUCUCUGUUUUUCAUGAGACAGAAGAUAAUUGAGUUUCCUUUCAAAAACAUUAACAUUUUUCUGUUUGACUAUGAAUUAUAAGUCAGAAUACAAGAAAACAAAUGUGUUUUUUUUUAAAUAUUAGAAUGGUAUUGAUGUCUUAAUUUUUUGUACACUAACCAAAGAAAUAAACACAUAAAUCCCUUUU